GAGUUAGGUUCAAAUUGGUCCGGGAAGUGGCCGAGAUUAGAGCGAGCGCGGGCCGGCCGCGCCGCGUACGUAAGCCCACUUAAGACUGUUUUUAAUACUAGUAUUUUUUACGCGAUCCCGACAGGAUUUAGCGGAUAAACGACGUCGCGAUCGUGCGCUUUGAUUUAUCGGUAUCGGUGAGCGCCGUUCUUGUGUUUACGUUAGUGGGUGACGGCCGCCGGAGAGCUGUAAUCCAGGGCUUGCGCCAGAUUAUGACGGAUAUCUGCGGAUUUCGUGUACGCACGCUGUGAAUAUCCGCGGAGUCGAAUACGCCGGCGUCUGUCCGCCUUUAUCUAAUUCGUUUGAGAAUGCAACAAGCGUGAACGUGUACAGUGCACGCAGUCGCGACAGCGAGUGUUCAGCAAGACGGUAUCGAACGGCUUCAACAUUCACCUCAGGGUGUACAAGGAGGCGCUGGCGGCCGGCAUGGAGCCGCUAAGCGAGAACGGGCUCUGUCUCUCGGAGCUGGAGCUGCACGGCGGCAGUCACCUGCAUGAGUCGGUGGCUGCGUCCGUGGGCUCGGCAAUCUCCAGCCUGAUGGCGCCGCUGCACCACGAGCCCCAGCACGCGCCGCUGCACCACGCGCCGCCGUUGCACCACGAACCGCUUGAGAAGCUCAAAUUGUGGGCAGAGACGGGUGAGUUCCGAGACAGCGGGCACUCAUCUCUCGCGUCCGGCGGCUCGGGUGUGGAGCAGUCGUCGCUGUACGGAUCUGCGAGGCCGCGGCGAGAUCGGAAACUUACCGACGACAGUAAUCGUCCGCUAACAUCUGAGCCAACGAUAAAAACAGAAUCAACGACUCCAGGCGUCGGACCCGACGAGCCGUCCAUGGACGACAAGGGAGACAAGAAGAACAAACGGCAGCGACGGCAGCGGACGCACUUUACCAGCCAACAACUUCAAGAGUUGGAAGCGACAUUCGCGAGGAACCGCUACCCAGACAUGUCCACGCGUGAGGAAAUCGCUAUGUGGACUAAUCUCACGGAAGCAAGAGUCCGGGUAUGGUUUAAAAAUCGCAGAGCAAAAUGGCGGAAACGCGAAAGAAACGCAAUGAAUGCAGCAGCUGCGGCCGCGGCAGACUUUAAGAACGGAUUCAGCACGCAAUUCAACGGUCUGAUGCAGCCGUUCCCCGACACUGACGCCCUUUACUCCUCAUAUCCGUACAACAAUUGGGCAGCGAAAGUGCCCAGCCCAUUAGGAACGAAGAGCUUUCCAUGGCCCGUCAACCCAUUGGGAUCAGUGGUGCCCGCGAGUCAUCACCAAGGCUCGGUGAACUGUUUCAACACGGCGACAUCGAUGGGAGGUGUCGGCGGUGGCGGCAUGGCAGGCGUUGCGGGUACCGCCGGCGUCGGCGGCGGUGUAGCGCCCUGUCCGUACACGGCACCACCCAACCCGUACAGCAUGUACCGCGCGGAGCCGUGCCCUGCGAUGUCGUCGUCGAUAGCGUCGUUGCGGCUAAAAGCGAAGCAGCACUCGUCGGGGUUCGGCGGGAGCUACGGCACGGUGUCGCCGGUGUCGCGCGCGGGCUCGGCGCCGCUGUCGGCGUGCCAGUACGCGAGCGGCGUCGGCGUGUCGGACCGCGUGCUCUGAGACGAGGCGCGCGGCCGCGAGGAGGUGCGAUCGCCGCCGCUGCUGGCCGCCGCGCGCGCCUCCUAGUCGCCGCCCGACGCCGCGCUCGCCCCGGGCCUUUACCGCCAUCUCUGGGACUGGUUCGACUGAGCAGUGCCGCGUCUUAUAAAUGCAAUGGUCUGCGGUGCAAACAGACUGUUCGUGUUCGCGAGCGGCGGGCACCGUGCGCCGCGCGUCAUGAGCCGGACUCCUGCUGUGGGUAGUGGGUACGAGGUGUGUAUCACUUGUGAAUUCCUCGCGUGUUGUAUAACGUUCGUUACGAAACUUCGGGCAAUAAAACCUUAACGAUGUUUUAAUUUUAAUGUAAAUAUGUAGUUAUGUAUGUACGUAUACCAAAGCGAUGUGUGCAAUUUUUACAAGCUUACGAUGUACUUAGUAUUCCUUGGAACAAUUUUUUGUUGUUAGUUUGAUACGCAAAGAACACUGUAAAUAGUUUUAAAGUAGAUAAUUUAUUUGUCAAGAAAAUAGGGAACCCAUUUUGAGGGAAUUGUAUAUAAAUGAUUAAAUAUUUGAGUUUAUUCAAAAUAUGAUUACUGAAAUCAACAGUUCCUUUCAUAAUUUUAUUGAUUGUAGGACAUGUGGUGGCUUCUAUUAAACAUUUUGCGUAUUGAAGCAAUUCACGAUGUAGCAAAUCAUUUCUAAAUGAAACAACAUUACGUAGACAGAGCUUUAUAAAUUCUUUUCACACCACGCAAAUGUAAGGAAAGCGACCGCAUAAAGGAUCACACACAUAAUGGCAAUAAUAUUAUAAGGUAUAAGUACACAUUAUUUUGUGGUAAUGUAAUUAAUUAUCUAAUGAAUGUCUAAAAAUAUACAAGAACAGAAAACAUUAAUGAAUCAUAUCAAAUCCAAAUAAAAUAAAAAUAUAAAAACCAAUGCAUCGAUGCCAAAAAUUAAAGGAAAAUAUAUUUUAUUCCGUACAUAUAAAGUACUGUGCUUUGCAUUUAUAAUAUUUGUUUUAUAGUUUUAGCGUGAUGGAUACGGCCCAGAAAGAAGGAACCAAAAAUAUUUAUGUGUUAAUGCUAAAUUGCAUUUUAAAAUAUACUCUACGAUAUAAAUGAAUAUUAUGCCCAAAUUUUCAUACCAAAUCAUUUAAUAUAUCUGCUUUUGCUACGUAGCAAAUAGCUGUUCAUCUAGGGUACAAGAUUCUUCUUAAACUAAGGGUGAAAGGCAAGUUCUAGUAUACACUCUUCGGUAAGAUUCUCAGAGAUGGGAAUGAUAAAGAGAGAAGACUGUUAAAAUAGAGAAAUGUAUUAUACUAAGCUUCCCUUUUCUAUAAUAAGAAAGAAGGGAGACAAUUCAUUAAAAAUGAACGGGUUAGGCAUAUCGCAUUAAAAUUAGACCUGUAGUCAUUGUGUGUAAUUUUCAAGUGGGCUCUUGGUGGUCAUUUGCAUUAACAAAUGAAUUAUUAAUUUGAUUUUUAUAAAGAGAUAAUAAAGUACAUAUUUGAUCGAUAACUCUAUAAACAAUUAUAUAUUGAGGAAUAAACGAAUAUUAAAUUCAAGUGACCAAAUAUACUGGUUGUAAAAUGCUCACACAUAAUGUGGAUACAUCUUUAGUUUCGAUUAUCCUGAAACUAGGGUGUGGCGCUGUUUCUUAAUUAAAAAACAUUGCCAAAUUUAGAAAUAAAGUUAUAUAAACCUACUCUGCAGUUCCUAGCAUAUCAAUUAAUUUAAUUUAAUUUUAAAUAGACAAUUUAUAAUCACCAUUUGAAUGUGUUUUUCAUGAAAAUAAUCAUUUGUAAAACAAAUAAGAUAACAUUUACGCAAUAAGAACAUGUUACAGUAGAAAUAUUUUAAGCAUUAUUUGCAAAUGACUUACGAAAACGAACGAAACUUAUGUAUUAAAACUGCGUGACUGUUUUGCUACUUAAAAACGAAGUAAUAACUUCACUUAACCUUCAGCGCAUUCGAUUACAUAUGAGAUUAAUAUAACCAGGAUCUCAUAUUUAUUUAAAAAAAUAUUUAUUCUGUAACACCCAAAAAAUUGUAAAUAUAUGUAAACUAUUUAGAUUAAUAUUAAUUAGAUAUAUUGUUAGUGUAACGUCAUUAUACCUACUUCCGUGUGCCUAUCAAUGAAGGAAACACUAAAUGAAAAUAUGUAAAUAACAAAAUCUACGUAUCAUAAUGUUUUAAUGUAAUUGAAUUCGAGGUUUUCAUUUUAUACAUAUCAUAACCGCGAUCUUGUAACGUUUGUUGAAAUUAUUUUGUGAAUUACAUAAUCAUAAGAAGAAUACCGAUUGUUUUGUAACUUAAAAAACCUCUAGUCAUAAUAAAAAAUAUCACUGAGUA